AUGGGAGUGCGCGCUGUCGAGUACUCCGCCGUCGCGACGCGCGAAGUGGUGAAGACUAUAUCGGAGAAAUGCCAGGUGUUGGGCAAAAUGCUGGAGGCGUCGCGAGUAAAGCUUCACAGCGCUGAGGAGAUAGCACAAGACUCCAUAUUCGCACAAACACCGCUCCUGCAGGAGAUGAACCGUGUGUUUGAGCAGCUUCAGGGCACUUGCGUUGAUCCGCACAUGGUGGGCGGUGAGCGAGGCAAGACACUGUUCGACUUUGUCGACGCCGAGACUGUUCAGUCGUUGCAGCAGGAUGCAUUGGAGCAGACGAAGGAAGUGGAAGAGCUCUUAGCGGCGCACCAACACGCAAUCAGGAGAAUCGCAGCUAUUUACAGAUUUUUCGUGACGUUUGAUAAAGCUCACGGCAGUAAUGUUGACGCCCUGGUUGGCGAGCAUCGUGAACUCGCAUCGAUUGCCGACGAGGAUGCCAAACCAAUCGGAGAGCUGUCAGUUUUUUCGUCGACAUGGAGCAGUGCGACCGCUUCUUGCUGGAGUACUUCACCACUAUUAACGAUAUAUACCCGCAGUACGUUCUGAAAAGCUCGCUGAUGAAGGAGCCUUACAUUUAA